CAGCAAUUAUGGCAUUGGCGGCGGCAUGGAGAAGAGUCUCGUCGUCGGCGACCGGAGUAGCGGCUCAAUCACUGCCGGACUGUUUCCGCUUCAAACAACGUAGCUUCUGCAGCUCCGCCACUGCUGUUGCUUCCGCUGAUACACUACUCGCCAAACUGCUUCAGCUCUCGACCUCUCAAAUCAAACGCGCGCUCGACUCCGAGGACUCCGUCGUCGCUGGGAGAUCUUCCGAUCUCGCUGUCUCGGAUUCUCUCGUCGCGCGUCUCGCCUCGUCUUCUCCUCAUAAAGCCAAGCUCGUUCUGGAAUGGAGACUGGAGAGAAUGCUCAACGACGGCGAGAAGGAUCGCAGCCUCUACUCCAAUUUGAUAUCUCUCUGUGCUAAGAUUCGAAAUGUCCCGCUGGCUAUGUUAGUGUUUAGUUCGAUGGAGGAUCGUGGGAUUCAGGCCACAGCUUCAGUUUUCAAUUCCCUAAUUCAUACUUGCUUGUCCUCAAACGAGGUAAUUACUGCCCUAAGCUUGUUCGAGGUAAUGGAAAGCUCUGAAACGUUUAGGCCGGAUUCGGAAACCUACGAUACUUUCAUAUCGGGGUUCUCCAACUUUAGAGAUACUCACAGAAUGCGAGCUUGGUACCAGGCCAAAAGGGAAGCUGGCUUCUCUGCGAAUUUACUGAACUAUGAAUCUCUAAUCUCUUGCUGCGUGAAGGUUAAAGAUUUCGAUACAGCUGACUUGUUUUACAACGAAAUGAUGGCCCAAGGAAUCGCUCCAAACGAGAAAGUACUGGAUUCUGUGCUGGAGGGGCUUUGUAAGAGGAGGAAUUGUGAGAGAGUUAAGGAGUUUGUGAAUUUUCUAAUGGAAUGUAGGUUUGAGAUUACUGGCAGUUUGAUUGAGAAGGUUGUGAAGUUGUACUGUGAACUUGAGAAACCAGACGAAAUGGAAAAGCUACUCGAUGCUCUUGUCGAGUUCAAUCAAGUUGGUGAAGCUUUGUUGCAGGUGCAUUGUGGGAUUAUAAGGCUGUAUGCAAGUCUAGAUCGAUUGGAUGAUGUUGAAUACUCGGUUGGGAGGAUGAUGAGUCAGGGGAUGUCGUUUAGCAGUCCAGUCGAUGUCGAGAGGGUAAUCUCUGCAUACUUCAGGCAAGAAGCUUAUGACAGACUUGAUUUGUUUCUGGAACAUGUGACACGAUACUAUAAGCUCACAAGAUCGACUUAUGAUUUGCUGGUUGCGGGAUAUCGAAGGGCUGGAUUGACCGAGAAAGUCGAUUCUGUUGUGAAGGAUAUGGAAUCAUCAGGGGCAUUAGCAUGUUGA